CCAGUCCGCGCCUCUGAAGUAGUACAAAAUGUCAAAAAUUAGAAGGAAGGUCACAGUGGAAAAUACCAAGACCAUAUCUGAUAGCACAUCGAGAAGACCCAGUGUAUUUGAAAGACUUGGACCCAGCACUGGAAGUUCUGCAGAGACACAGUGCCGUAACUGGUUGAAGACUGGCAACUGCCUCUAUGGGAACACAUGUAGAUUCGUACAUGGCCCUUCACCACGAGGUAAAGGCUUUAGCAGCAGUUACCGAAGGUCACCAGAAAGGCCUACAGGGGACCUUCGGGAAAGAAUGAAGAAUAAGCGUCAAGACAUUGAAAGUGAACCACAGAAACAUAAUACAGAAGAACAGUCUUCUCCUGUUAGGAAAGAGUCUACAAGAGGGAGGCACAGGGGAAAGGAAGAUAUUAAAAUUACUAAGGAAAGGACCCCAGAAAGUGAAGAAGAAAAUCCCGACUGGGAAACAAAUAGAGACGAUUCUGAUAACGGAGAUGUUAAUUAUGAUUAUGACCAUGAACUGUCUUUGGAAAUGAAGCGCCAGAAGAUCCAGAGAGAGUUAAUGAAGCUUGAAGAAGAAAACAUGGAUAAAAGGGAAGAAAUAGUAAUUAAAAAGGAGAUUUCUCCUGAGGCUGUUGGAUCAAAAUUAUCAUCCUCACCUUCACCAAGAAAAUCAAGUAAAUCUCCAAAAUUAAGGUCAAGCCCCAAAUCUUCCUCCACUGCUAGUAAGAGGGAAAAGAAGGUUUCAGCAGUAUCUUCCCCCCUCCUAGAGCAACAGAGAAAUUCAAAAAGCAACCACAAUAAAAAGAAAGGUCCUCGUACCCCUAGUCCGCCACCACCAGUACAAGAAGACUCUACCCAAGGGAAAAAACAUAAGGAAAAAUAUAAAGCUAAAGAGAGGGUAGAAGAAAAGCCAAAGGAGAUAAAAGAAAGAGGGCGUGAUUUUGAAAGACAUAAUAAAGAAAAAAAAGAGAAACAAAGAGAUACCUCAGAAAGUUCCCAUAGACAGAGACGUUCACCUAGUCCAGAAGACCAUUCUGGUAGCAAUUCUUCUUCAAGAGAAUAUUCUCCUGCCACAAGAAGAAGGCAGACAUCUUGGGCUCCAUCUAAAUCCAGCAGUCAUAAACAUUCUUUUUCACCAUCUUGCAGGUCUGCUUCACCACCAACACAGCAUCAUUCUCCUGUAUCGUCGAGGCAUCAUUCUUCUUCAUCUCAGUCAGGUUCUUCUAUUCAAAGACGUUCUCCAUCACCACGUCACAAAAGAACUCCUUCCCCCUCUUAUAAAAGAACAACUUCACCACCUGUAGGUCGAUCUUCCUCUCCUUAUCCUCACCGAGCAUCACCUUCUCCACAGCAAAAACAGACAUCUUCAAGGCAUCGUUCCCCAGUUAGAGAGAGAAGCCGGCAUGAUCAUGAGCGGAUUUCACAAUCACACGAUCGUCGCCAUGAAAGAAGAGAUGAAACAAGAGGAAAAAGGGGAAGAGAGAGAGAUACUAGGGAUGAACGUGACUAUGACCAAGAGCAGAGUACCCCCAGAGAUCACCGAGAUGAUCGAGAAUCCCGGGAUGGACGAGAUCGAAGGGAAACCAGAGAUAACAGAGAACGCAGGGAUCCAAGAGAAUCUCGGGACACUCGGGACUCACGGGAUACAAGGGAUUGUAGUAGAGACAAUAAAGAAAGUCGGGAUCAGAGGGACUUACGUUCUACACGAGAUACACAUGACUACAGAGACAGAGAGUGUCGAGAACAUAAGAAAGAAGAGCAGUAUUUGGAGGAAGCACGUAGUUAUGGAAGAGCCCAUGGCAGAGAAGAUAGUUCUCGUGCUGAAACUCGGACAGACUCAAGAAGUGAAACUAGAAAUGAAUCUAGAACGUCUGGAAGAAAUAGGGGGAGAGGUCCUGAAUUAACAGACAAGGGCAAUCGAGGAACACGAGGAUCUCAAGUUGAUAGCCAUAAUACUAGUAGUAGCUACCAUGACAGCUGGGAAUCACGGAGCAGUUACCCUGACAGGGAUCGCUAUGAAAACCGUGAACAUGCAAGAGAUUCUUCUUUUGAAAGAAGACAUGGAGAAAGGGAUAAGCGUGACAAUAGAGAGAGAGAUCAGAGGCAAAGCUCACCCAUGCGACACCAGGGAAGAAAUGAUGAUAUUGAUCGUGAUGAAAGACUAGAAGAACGAAGAGUAGACAGGAAUGAAGAUAGGAGGGAUGAAAGAACUAGGGAACGGGAAAGGGAAAGGGAAAGAGAGAGAGAAGCUGAACGUGAUCGUGCCCGUGAGCGAGAACGUGAGAGAGAAAGAGAUAAGGACAGAGAACGUGAACGGGAUAGGGACCACGAUCGAGAACGGGAGCGAGAGCGGGAAAGGGAGCGUGAAAGAGACCGGGAAAGAGAACGGGAACGAGAAAGGGAAAGAGAACGGGAAAGAGAGCGGGGCCGGGAAAGAGAGAAAGAAAGGGAACGACAGAGAGAGUGGGAUGACAAAGAGAGAGGAAGAGAAGAACGCAGGGACAAGAGAGAAGAUGUCCGUGAAGAAAGGACCACAAGAGAUAGUCGUGAAGAAAGGAAAGCAAAAAAACGUCACAGAAAUGAAAGUAGCCCUAGCCCUCGGAAAUCACCUAAGCGCCGCCGUGAACAUUCACCUGAUAGUGAUGCCUACAAUAGUGGAGAUGAUCAGAAUGAAAAACGACGUUUAUUGAGUCAGGUUGUACGUCCUCAAGAAUCACGUUCACUUAGUCCUUCACAUCUUUCGGAAGAGAAGCAGAGCCGGUGGAAAGACAGUGACAGAAAGCCAGAGCGAAAGGAGAGCAUGAGACAUUAUGAGGAAAGUGAUUACAAAGAACGGGGUUCUUCUGGGGACAAACAGCGAGAGCAGCGAGAGGGCAAUGAGAGUUCAAGGAGCAGAAUCCAAGAUAAUGUAAGUAAUCGGGUUUCUGAAGAGCGUGAGGCUAUAGAUCAUAUGCUGGAAGACAAGAAGAAAGUUAAAAUGCAGAAAAAAACAACAAAGAAAAAGAAAGAUGAUGAUGGUGGGAUAGAGCGCUAUGUCAGUGAACCAGCAGCAGAGAAAACCCAAGUGUUUUCUCCCAAGAAAGGUCAGAAAAAGAAAAAUGCUGAAAAGAAGCGCAAGAGAUCCAAAGGAGAUUCUGAGGCUUCUGAGGAAGACAGUGGCCCUCAUCAGAAAAAGAAAAAAGGUCCCAGGACACCACCUGUAACCACAAGAGAAGAACUGGUGGAAGUGGUGCCCGAGAAAUCUGCAGUAGUGGAAGUUGUUCCCAAGAGGGAGGACACAACGUUUAGUGACUGGUCAGAUGAAGAUGUUCCAGAGCGUGGAGAGACUGUUCUGGAAAGGAAUUCUGAGGAGCCCCAUAGAAAUAGCCACCGUACACGAGGUGAAACCAUGGAAGUUUCUCAUGUGGUUGAAGAAACCCCUCAUCUCCGACCUGCAGAUCAGAAGCGUAGCAGCAGCCUCUGUAGCAACAGGAGCCAUACUUCAAGUAGACUCCGAUCACCCUCUAAUGAUUCUGCACACCGCAGUGGAGAUGACCAGGCUGCAAUGAAGAAGAUCUUGCACAGCAGUUCCAGUGACAGAGACAGGAGAUGCCUUGAAAUUGCUGGAGAGCGGAAGUCCAGAAUUGAUCAGCUGAAACGUGGAGUUGCCAGCCGUAGCACCUCUUCUGAUCGACAGGAUUCAAGGAGCCAUAGUUCAAGGCGAAGUUCUCCUGAAUCUGAUCGCCAAGGCCACUCCAGAUCUGGGUCCUUUGACAGCAGAGAAAGAGUGCAGGACAGAGACCGGCAUGAGCACGAUCGUGAACGGGAGAGAGAUCGGCGAGAUGGGAGGCAAAGAGAUUGGGACCGAGAUGCAGCUAAAUCUGACUGGUUGAGAAGCAGAGACCGGGAAAGAAUUCGGGAACGAGACAGGCAACGGGAAAAACGAAGGGAUCUGGACCGUGAAAAAGAGCGCCCGCUUCCUGAAAAUCUGGAAAGAGAUAGAGGUGUUAGCACUUCCUCUCAAGCAGAAAUAUCCAAGCACAGUGAAACAAAAGCAAGUAAAGAUCAUCAGGCUUUUGAGGCCACCUCUCUGGACUCUUCCUCCCAGGAGAAGGAAAGGCAGGAUAAAGACCUAGGCCCUUUGCAAGGAUUUGAAGAUGGAAUUGAAGCCGAGAAAGUGGAAAAUGUAGAAGGUGGAGAUGAUGAAACAAAAAUAGAUGAUAUGCAGUCAAUGGAAUCUGGUGCAGGAGAAUAUGAGCCAAUCAGCGAUGAUGAAUUGGAUGAAAUUUUGGCAGGUGAUGCUGAAAAAAGAGAGGAUCAGCAAGAUGACGAGAAGAUGCCAGAUCCGGUGGAUGUCAUCGACGUAGAUUGGUCCAGCCUGAUGCCAAAGCAGCCAAAAGAGCCCCGAGAGCCUGGAGCUGCUCUUUUAAAAUUUACUCCAGCUGCUGUUAUGUUGAGAGUUGGCAUUUCCAAACAACUGGCUGGCCCUCCACUCUUCACAAAAAUCAAAGAAACUUGUCAGAGAACUUUGGAGAAGCCUAAAGAUGCAGAGAACCUUUUUGAGCAUGAAUUUGGGGCCCUGAAUAUGGCUGCCCUACUGCGAAAGGAAGAGCGAGCUGGACUGCUGUGCAACCUGGGUCCUUGCUGUAAAGCUCUUUGCUUUAGGAGGGAUUCUGCAAUCCGCAAGCAGCUUGUGAAAAAUGAAAAGGGCACAACAAAACAAGCCUACACAAACCCUCCAGUGGUGGACAAUGAGUUACUACGGCUGAGCCUACGCUUGUUUAGACGCAAGACUGUGCAGCAAGGGUCUGGACCAGAUAAGGCAGAGGACACUAAACUUUCACAACCAUAUGUUCCAGAAAUGUGCCUGUCCUGAGCCAGAACCUCCUGGCCACAUGGUUGUGUUGUUUCGCGGUUUGAUAAUAUUGAUGUUUCGUCCUUAUUCCCUUUAAAUAUGAUGGUGCCGGAAGAAUGAAAAUACUCUUUUAAGCACUUGUGUGGAUUCUGAGACAGAAUGACAAGGAAAAGUAUUUAGUACAAAACAUAAAGACCAUUUUGUCUGUUUCGCUGCAUGUUUUACAACAUUGAGUUCUAACCAUGGAUUUUAUUUAAUAACUCGCUUGUGUUUAAGAACGUAAAAAUGCCCAUUUUUGGAUAUCUGUUUUAUCAUCUCCUAUUAAAUUUUUAAGAA